CAGCACAUGGACGAGGCCCACCGCCAAUAGAAUAACCGCAGUAUAACUACAUAUGCCUCAGGCCUUGAAGUUCACCGGCGCAUUUUGUCAACAGAUACAGCAGGUGCAUGGAUGACAUGCGAUCACGUGACCAGCUAUCAAAGAAAGCUCACAAAUUUCUUUCCCCCACUGACUGUAGGACUGCACUUAUCGAGUCUUCCCACGUUGAAACUUCGUCUGGGAGUCUCAUACCUCCCAUACCACUACCCUAACCACGCCUCUCUCCUCAACUUCUGCCGAGCAACGAACAUCAAUUAAGGAUAACCCACCAUGGAGGACAACCGUACAGCUUCCAAGGCUCAGCUGGCGCUCGAGGACUCUGUCGCCUCCAAGUCGCCUAGCAAGAUCCCCCUCAUUUUGGUGGGAAUUUUCGCUGCUACCACCAUCGCCUUAACGGUCACCACAAUUGUUUUCGCACUACAGAAGAACGACAUUGCCGCCGAACUGGACGAAUUGAAGGCAAAUACACCACUGGAUCGGGAGACGUGCACGACGAAGCAAUGCUAUGACUCGGCAUAUGCAUACCUGAGUAAUAUGAAUCAGAGCGUGAAUCCCUGCGAUAAUUUCUUCGAGUACGCCUGCGGGGGCUGGAACCAGCGAUACACCGCGCUGAACCGGACCAGCUAUUCUACCAUCAGUAUACUGAAAGACGGUUUGACAGACAAGUUUAAAGUUCUAUUUGAACGGAGUGCCGUUGCCGGCGAACCCUUGUCGUAUCACAUCGUAAGGAACGACUACCAGUCUUGCGAAGACAUGGACACCAUCAACGAGUUGGGAGCUAAACCUCUAACGGACGUGCUGACUUCGCUGGGUGGCUGGCCGGUGCUGGGGUCUACCCCUGCCGGCGGUAACUGGAACGCCACCACCUUCGACUUCGAGAAACUCUGGGCCGAUAUCUGGGGCAAAUACAACAUAGUGUUUGUGUCCACGGGGGUGUGGCCCGAUCCAAGCAACGCGACCAAGUACAAGUUGUAUGCGAGCACUCCGUAUUUCGUGGUACCAAAGGUCGGCAUCGAGAAGACGCACUGGCAAGAUGUGAAGACUCUGAUUGACGAACCAGACGAUUCUGAGGAAUUGGGGUUGAAGAUUCUUUUGGAUGAGAGUUAUUCGAAGGAGAGGAAAGCGUACCUCCAGUACCUGAUCGACAUUGCCGUGGCUCUGGGCGCAGACGAGACAGUAGCGAAGGAGGAUAUGACGAACCUCAUCGAGUUCGAAUCGUAUAUGGCUAACUUGACUACGUUGCAUCCAUACGAUGGUCCCAUUGAAAUCACUCUCAAGGAAAUUGGAAUGGAUGUGAUCAACUGGACGCGUUUCUAUCAACUAAUAUUGCCGGCAAGUGUCGACCCAGGAGUUACAGACGACGAGCCAAUCGUCAACUACAGGCCAGACUACAUCAGCAACGUUACCAUGUGGCUCAAAGACCAAGACAACAGGGUCAAGGCCAACUACAUGAUUUGGCGUCUGGUGAGUGAGACGGUCCCCUUCCUGAACGAGACAUUCCUAGCCAUCCAGCGGAAAUACCAAGGGGAAGUGAACAAAACGAUGUCUCCUACAGCUUGCUGGAAGACAUGCGUCAACAACGCCAAAGACCAAUACCAGUAUAUCAGUGGUAGGAUGUACGUGGAUGAACACUUCACUGAAGAAACGAAACAGAAGGCGUUUGAAAUGGUUCACAAUUUGCAGACAGCUUUUAAGUCCUUGCUAAACACGAAUGACUGGCUGCAGGAGGAAGACAAGGGCGUUGUGGCUGAAAAGGCAGAUGCUAUGGAGAUUGCAAUUGGUUACCCAGAAUGGAUCAAAGACAACGCUAAGCUAGAUGCGAAGUAUGCCGAUCUGACUGCCACAGACGACGAGUAUUUCCAGAAUAACCUGAGAUACCGCGAGUGGCUAUCCCAGGGUGAAUUGGCUCGCUUACGUGAAGACGUGAACGACGAUGAUUCAAUGUGGUCUACGGUUGGGCCAGUCGUUCUCAAUGCUUACUACUGGGCACACAGAAAUGGAAUUUUAUUCCCAGCGGUCACUCUUCAACCGCCUUUCUACCACAAUGAUCUUCCCUGGUACUCCAAUUAUGGUGGAAUCGGUGUCAUCAUUGGGCACGAGAUAACCCACGGUUUUGACAACCACAGAAGAAAGUACGACAAAAACGGCAAUAGAGUCAGCUGGUGGAGUCAAGAGUCCAUCGACAAUUUCAUCGACAAGGCGCAGUGUAUCGUCGACCAGUACUCCAAAUUCGUCAUGCCGGAAAACAACAGACACCUGAACGGGGACCAGACGCAGGCUGAAAACAUUGCUGACAACGGAGGCCUGAGAGAGUCUUACAAGGCCUACAUGGACAACAUACCCAAGCAACCUCGUCUCCCCGGCAUUGACUUCACCGAAGAGCAGAUGUUCUUCCUGUCAUAUUCCCAGGUAUGGUGCAGUGUGUUUACACCAGCGGGAGCGGAUGACUACAUCGACAAUGAUAGGCACAGCCCUGGCCAAUACAGAGUCAUCGGUGCGCUUCAAAACAAUGAGGCGUUCAGCGCUGCAUUCAACUGUCCGGCUGGAAGCUAUAUGAACCCGGACGUCAAAUGCAAAGUCUGGUAGCCUUUGAACUUCCUCCAAGAAUAGACGUCAUGUAGCGACCAUUUUAGAGGGCAUUAUUUGUUAUAACAAUGAAGGCACAAAAGGCCCGUUCAUGCAAAUCGCUGUAGCAAAACAUAGCCAUUGUCCUCUAAGAUGGUUGCUACGCAUAGAGUCUAUGGUGGUGAAAUGUUCAUCGUAUUAUUCAUCAUUUGUAAAACAUCAAAAUUGAAAAGCAAAUUAUAACUUUCAACAGAUUGUCUGAUUGGGUUGAAACUUAACAUUGUCUAUUUUUCGGUUCGUUCAUCGGUAAUCGUGUUCGUAACAUGAAUAGUAUGAACGGAACACAGUAACUUUAUGUA